CACCAAAGUGCUCGAGGAUGAUCUCAAGGCUGUCGUAAAGCCGCAAUACGUCGAUCAAAUUCCCAGGGCUGUCAAGGGACCCGUGAAGGAAGUUGGCCCUCUGAUUGAGGCCCGGGCUCAAAUGGAUAAUAUGGAUUACAUUAUGGACGUUCUUGAACUCAAGCAGGUCGAAAAUCGUGAUAUUAACCUUCUUUCCGGUGGAGAACUUCAGCGUUUUGCCCUCGCUCUCGUAUGUGUGCAGCAAGCAGAUGUGUGAGUACUACCUACUUCUAGCUACCCUAAAUAUCUUCGCCUUGGGCAACUUGAGAAAGAUCAACACAAACUGGCUUAAAAUAUUGUCUAAUUUUUCAUUUUUCAAUAGAUACAUGUUCGACGAACCUAGUUCGUACCUCGAUAUUCGUCAGAGACUUGCGGCAGCCCGUACUAUUCGAGAACUCUUGCGACCAGAUGAUUACGUUAUUGUUGUUGAGCACGAUUUGUCUGUUCUGGACUAUCUAUCUGACUUCGUUUGCGUUCUCUACGGUCGACCUGCUGUUUAUGGAGUUGUCACUCUACCAUCAUCGGUUCGCGAAGGUAUAAAUAUUUUCCUCGAUGGCCAUAUUCCCACCGAAAACUUGCGUUUCCGCGAGGAAUCCCUAACCUUCCGUAUCGCGGAAGCUGGAGAAGAUCUCUUGAUCGAUAAGGCACGGGCUUUUAGCUAUCCAUCCAUGGAGAAGACCAUGGGAAAUUUCCAUCUGAAGGUUGAUGCUGGCCAAUUCACCGAUUCUGAAAUCCUCGUUCUGAUGGGUGAAAAUGGUACUGGUAAAACUACAUUCUGUAAAAUGCUCGCCGGUGCCGAGAAGCCAGAUGGGAAUAUGUCGAUACCUCGCAUGAACAUCAGUAUGAAACCUCAAAAAAUCACCCCCAAAUUCCAGGGUACCGUCCGGCAAUUGUUUUUUAAGCGUAUCAAGGCUGCCUUUCUCAACCCACAGUUUCAAACAGAUGUCUACAAACCUCUGAGGAUCGACGAUUUCAUCGAUCAGGAAGUUCAGAAUCUGUCAGGUGGUGAAUUGCAGCGUGUCGCUAUUGUGCUCGCUCUCGGUAUUCCGGCAGACAUCUAUCUUAUCGAUGAACCGUCGGCCUAUCUUGAUGCAGAACAGAGAAUUACUGCCUCAAGGGUCAUAAAACGUUUCAUUAUGAACACGAAGAAGACUGCCUUCAUCGUCGAACACGAUUUCAUUAUGGCGACUUAUCUCGCUGAUCGUGUCAUCGUUUUCGAUGGCAAGCCAUCUGUUGACGCUCGUGCCAAUAUUCCUGAAUCUCUUCUCACUGGUUGCAAUCGGUUCUUGAAGAAUCUCGACGUUACCUUCCGUCGUGAUCCAAACAGCUACCGUCCCCGUAUCAACAAGUACCAAAGUCAGCUAGAUCAGGAGCAGAAGCUUAACGGCAACUACUUCUUCUUAGAAGAAGAGAGUUGAAAAGGGCAUCCCACGUAAGAACGAUCACGACCGUCGUUGGCACGAUGGUCGCGACAC